AUGUUCGAACAAGAGUUGCUGGUUGGCUGCCACGCCAAAAUUCCUGGUGUCGGUACCUCAUACGGAUAUGUCCCAUCACUAGGAGCGGGUAUUGCUUUUUGCGUCCUCUUCGGAAUCUCAAUGAUUCUACACACAGCCCAGAUGUGCUGGAAGCGCACAUGGUGGACCAGCGUUUUCAGUGUCGGAUGCAUUGUGGAAAUUAUUGGAUGGGCCGGCCGAACUUGGUCAUCGCAAUGCCCAUAUAACUCGACUGCAUUCCUGAUGCAGAUUUCCACCCUUAUCAUUGCUCCCACUUUCUUCACAGCAGGCAUCUACGUGCUCCUCGGUGAAUUCAUCCGACGCCUUGGCCGUGAAUCAUCCAUCCUCAAACCGAGCCUCUACCUCUGGAUCUUCGUCACCUGCGACAUAGUCUCGCUAGCCGUGCAGGCAAUCGGUGGUGGAAUGGCAUCUGGACAAGCCACCAAGGUCCACGGCAACACCGCACCCGGCACUCACGUCAUGGUGGCUGGUAUCGUGUUCCAACUAUUCUCCAUCACCAUCUUCGUUUUCCUCGCAGUCGAUUUCAUCAGUCGCACCAUGCGCCGCCGUCUUUUACAGCAAUUGACCGGGUCCGUUAUUCCUCUGCUUGGCGCGAUGAUCCUCUCUGUGCUGUGCAUCUAUGCCCGGAGCAUCUACCGAACGAUCGAGUUGUUGCAGGGCUGGACUGGGUACCUGAUUACCCAUGAGAGCUACUUCGUUGGCCUGGAUGGAGCCAUGAUGGUUGUUGCUGUGGCAGUCUUCAAUGUUCUGCAUCCGGGUUGGCUUCUACCUAGCGAUAAGCAGACCAACGCGCUGAAGCGGGAGGUCACUGGAGAUGAGGUUGAGAUGAACCCCGCGUCGGCGUCUCAGUGA